GGAGGGACUGGAGAGGUCAAUGAAGAACAUGAGGUCAGACAGAUUGAAAGAGCUUCCUGGAAACCAGAUAGACCAGAAACAUCCAUCAGACAAGAAGACAUCUUUAAAGCCUCAGCUGGAAGAGACGGACCAAUCAGAAGAGUGAUGACAAAGGGCGUGGCUGGCAUUGGGAAAACAGUGUUAACACAGAAGUUCACUCUGGACUGGGCUGAAGACAAAAGCAACCAGGACGUACAGCUCAUGUUUCCCUUCACCUUCAGAGAGCUGAAUGUGCUGAAAGAAUAGAAGUUCAGUUUGGUGGAACUCAUCCAUCACUUCUUCACUGAAACCAAAGAAGCAGGAAUCUGCAGGUUUGAAGACUUUAAGGUGGUCUUCAUCUUUGAUGGUCUGGACGAGUGUCGACUUCCUCUGGACUUCCACAACAGUGAGAUCCUGACUGACGUCACAGUGUCCACCUCAGUGGACGUGCUGCUGACAAACCUCAUCAGGGGGAAACUGCUUCCCUCUGCUUGCCUCUGGAUAACCACACGACCUGCAGCAGCCAAUCAGAUCCCUCCUGACUGUGUGGACAUGGUGACAGAGGUCAGAGGGUUCACGGACCCACAGAAGGAGGACUACUUCAGGAAGAGUUUCAGAGAUGAGGAGCAGGCCAGGAGGAUCAUCUCCCACAUCCAGACAUCACGAAGCCUCCACAUCAUGUGCCACAUCCCAGUCUUCUGCUGGAUCACUGCAACAGUUCUGGAGAACAUGUUUGAAACCAGAGAUGGAGGAGAACUGCCCAAGACCCUGACUGAGAUGUACAUCCACUUCCUGGUGGUUCAGUCCAAAGUGAAGAAGGUCAAAUAUGAUGGAGGAGCUGAGACAGAUCCACACUGGAGUCCAAAGAACAGGAGGAUGAUUAAGUCUCUGGGGAAACUGGCUUUUCAGCAGCUGCAGAAAGGAAACCUGAUCUUCUAUGAAUCAGACCUGACAGAGUGUGGCAUCGAUAUCACAGCAGCUUCAGUUUACUCAGGAGUCUUCACUCAGAUCUUUAAAGAGGAGAGAGGCCUGUACCAGGACAAGGUCUUCUGCUUUGUCCAUCUGAGUGUUCAGGAGUUUCUGGCUGCUCUUCAUGUUCAUCUGACCUUCAUCACCUCUGGAACAAAUCUGUUGUCAGAACCAACAACGAGCCAGUGGUCCAGACCAUUUAGAAAAAAACCUGAACUGAAUCAUCUGCACCAGAGUGCUGUGGGCGAGGCCUUACUGAGUCCAAAUGGACACCUGGACUUGUCCCUCCGCUUCCUCCUGGGUCUUUCACUGGAGACCAAUCAGAAGCUCUUAAGAGGUCUACUGAAACAAACAGGAAGUGGUUCACAGACCAAUCAGGAAACAGUUGAGUACAUCAAGAAGAAGAUCAGUGAGAAUCUGUCAGCAGAGAGAAGCAUCAACCUGUUCCACUGUCUGAAUGAACUGAACCAUCGUUCUCUUGUGGAGGAGAUCCAAGAGUCCCUCACAUCAGGACGCCUGUCCACAAAGACACUGUCUCCUGCUCAGUGGUCAGCUCUGGUCUUCAUCUUACUGUCAUCAGGAAAAGAUCUGGAAGAGUUUGACCUGAUGAAAUACUCUGCUUCAGAGGAGGCUCUUCUGAAGCUGCUGCCGGUGGUCAAAGUCUCGACCAAAGCUCUACUGAGUGGCUGUAACCUCUCAGAGAGAAGCUGUGAAGCUCUGUCCUCAGUCCUCAGCUCUGUGUCCUCUCAUCUGAGACACAUGGACCUGAGUAACAACGACCUGCAGGAUCCAGGAGUGAAGCUGCUGUGUGAUGGACUGAAGAGUCCUCACUGUUCUCUGGAGACUCUCAGUCUGUCAGGUUGUCUGGUCUCAGAGGAAGGAUGUUCUUCUCUGACCUCAGCUCUGAACUCCAACCCCUCCCAUCUGAGAGAACUGGACCUGAGCUACAAUCAUCCAGGAGACUCAGGAGAGAAGCUGCUGUCUGCUGGACUGAAGAGUCCUCACUGGAGACUGGACACUCUCAGGAUGGACCAUGCUGGAGAGCAGUGGUUAAAACCUGGUCUCAGGAAGUAUUCAUGUGAACUGGAACUGGACACAAACACAAUGCACAGAAACCUCAAACUGUCUGACGACAACAGGAAAGUGACCCAUGUGACAGAAGAUCAGUCGUAUCCUGAUCAUCCAGACAGAUUUGACGUCUUUCCUCAGCUGCUGUGUAGACCUGGUCUGACUGGUCGCUGUUACUGGGAGGUCGAGUGGAGAGGAGCUGUUGAUAUAUCACUGAGUUACAGAGGAAUCAAGAGGAAAGGCAUCGGUUCUGACUGUUUGUUUGGAUAUAAUGAUCAGUCCUGGAGUCUGAUCUACUCUGAUGAUCGUGGUUACUCUGUCCGUCACUGUGGGACAGGAACACCCAUCAUGUCCUCUGUCUCUCACAGAGUAUCAGUGUAUGUGGACUGUCCUGCUGGGACUCUGUCCUUCUACAGCAUCUCCUCUGACUCACUGAUCCACCUCCACACCUUCAGGACCACAUUCACUGAACCGGUUUAUCCUGGGUUCUGGGUCUGUCCUGGUUCCUCAGUGUCUCUGUGUCCUCUGUAGGACAUGAAGAGACAGCAGCUUCAGUGGUGGACGAGGUCAAAGCUCGUCUCAGUCAUUCUUUGUUGAAACCAUCAAUAAAUAAAGACUUAAAAAAUCAA